AAAUAAUUCCGCACCCACGCUGUGCUGCGAACUACAAGGCACAGCCGGUCAAAGAUUUUGUAGUUGACUAUCUUUGUGUGGUUAAUAAAUCACCAUUAUCUAUACCUAAUGAAACCAUUAAAUACGUAUUUGCAUCGUUGAGGUGUACAGAGAAGGUGGGAGCUGUUUGAGCUCUCAAUAUCUUCAGCCCUGUUGCAGCUCACCAUCUUGUGUCACAAUGGAUAUUAAAGUUGAAACAGAGGCGUCUUUGAAGUCUGAAUCAGGUGAAGAUCCUCAAGAUCAAGAAACUGCAGAUGCACAAGAAGGUGAAAAUAUAAAUUUAACCUUUAAUGAAGAGAUGCCAGAGGAAAAAACUGAAGAAAUGCCUGAAUAUGAUACUCGUAGUGAAGUGACUUCAUCAUCUUCUGAUUCAGACUCAAGCCAACCAAGCAUUAGCUCAGUAAGCACCAGCUCAUCCAGUGGGCGCAAAGGCCGGGGCUCUCGGCACAAACACUCCUCUCGAGCAUCCGAGAAGAAAAGCCCCACUCCAGAAAAGCGUCCUAAAUCUAGAGAGAAGGGUAAAUCUUAUGAUUAUGCCACUAAACUUAAUUAUUUGUUUCGUGACGCUCGUUUCUUUGUGAUUAAAAGUAAUAAUGCAGAAAAUGUUACUCUUUCCAAAGCCAAAGGAGUAUGGUCUACAUUACCACAAAAUGAAACUAAACUUAACCAAGCAUUUAAGGAAUCCAGAAAUGUUUUACUUAUCUUCUCUGUGAAAGAAAGUGGAAGAUUUGCAGGAUUUGCAAGGCUGAAUGGUGAGUCCAGGCAUGAUGUCAACCCAAUCUCAUGGGUUCUACCCCCUGGCUUGUCAGCUAAAGCUUUGGGAGGUGUGUUUAAAGUGGAUUGGGUUUGUCGGAAAGAACUUCCAUUUAGUGCAACAAUGCAUCUUUAUAACCCAUGGAAUGAAGGUAAACCUGUGAAAAUUGGAAGAGAUGGCCAAGAAAUAGAACCAAGAGUUGCAGAAGAACUUUGUAGGCUUUUCCCGGAAGAUGAGGGAAUUGAAAUGACUCCUAUUCUACGUAAAUCUAAGGAAGCAGCAAAACUUGUGCAACCAAGAAGUUCAAGCUAUAGAAGAGAAGGUUAUAACAGCAGCAGAAGUAAUAGGUUCUCUUCAUCCUCGCGGUCAUCAUCCUUCGGAUUUCGUGGUCGUGGUCCUUCCUUUAAUCGUGGCCGUAAAGUGUUCAGUGGAGCUCGUAGCCGACUUAGUCAGAGUGGAGGAGUUUAUAAAUUCUCUUCAUCUCGUCAUCGUGAGAGGCUUCCCCCAAUGUGGUUUGGCUCAACACGGGACAACAGUCGGCCAUUUGGGGCAGCAGCAGCUGCUGAGGCUUAUGUUGCUGACUACAUGCGCAGUCUGCAGCACCAGUUGCCACCCAUGCCCUAUGCUCCUCCUCCGGGUGUCUUUUCAGGAUCACCAACUCCUUAUGACUCUAUUCCACCUCCACGAUAUUAUGAUGGCCUACCCCUUCCUCUUCCAGAGUAUCCCCCAUUACCACCAAGAAGUAAUGGGUACUCAGACAAAAGGUCAUAUGAUCGCUCAGUUGAUGAAUUCUUGUGGCGUACUCGUGAAAGAAGAGACCGAGAUCGUGACAGGGAUCAUCAUAGGUACAGGGAGAGGCGGUGAAGACAGUGACUUAAUCUAUUUACAUUAUAUUCCACUUGUUAACUUGUCCAGUGCUGUGUAAUAUCACUACUGAUAGACUUAAAAGACUCUGUGUUAGUUGUUUCUAAAAGAUUUUUUUAACUGAAUUACUCUGUAUUUCAGUCAUUGAGAGUUGUACAUAAGAUUGUGUGUAGAAAGUUUUUGUGUAAAGGUAUAUAUGAAGUGAAAUCAGGACUGUUUCCUUGUUGCCUAAAAAGAGGUUUAAAAAAAAAAAAUGUUGGGAAACAUAUCUGUGUUUCACUACAAAUAAUGAUAAAUACUAUCUUGUGGUGAAAAUAUGUGUACAGUGUUGGACUUCCUUAGUGAGUGGCACUUGCUACUAAGUCCACCUCAAGAUUUUCGCUGUGAUAUGAGAGUAGUUUCCAAACCAGGUAUCUUAAAGGACUGUGACAGUAGAUGAUGGCAAUGAAUCAGUCGUGGUCAUGUCAUAAUGAAUGUAUUCUGGACAAGUGCUUCUCUCAGGCUGUGAUAACUCUCUCAGUCUAAGUUUUACAUAUUGGAGAUGCUUUUGGAGUUGGAGUCCUAAGGUAAAUAUGGCUAAUUGUGUGAAGUGGUUAGAUUUAACACCUUCUGACAUUAUGGCAGAAACACAUUGGUGGUUGGUAAUUGAACUGCUCAGUGUUGUUAAUCAUUUUAUUUCAAAAUCAGUUCACCAAUUUUUAUUUAAAAAAAAAAAAAAAAAAAAAAAAAAAAUACCACUUUAAGGAUUUGGUUCCUAAAGGCAACAUUGGUUUUCCUAUGAAGUGCCUAUAGUUGUCAAAAGUUACAAAUGAGUUUUGAUUCUCUUACAAGAUUGUCUGUUAGAUUUACAUGCGCUAAUCCACUUAUUUUUUCUUCAUUAUUGUUAUUUUCUCAUAUUUUACAAUAUGUCUUACUGAGUUAGCCUUCAUCAAUUCUGAUUUUGCCUAGUGGCAUUUGUGUUCAAACAUGAUCUCAAUCAAGAAAUACUAGCUAACGCCAUAAUAGGCAAUUUUGUUUAAAAAUAUUAUUUCAUUUUGUUGACGGGCUUACAAGACAAUCCUUAUUUUGUAGGACAAAUUAGAGUCUUUCUAUGAAUAUAAACCUGAGAGUUUAUAAAUUGUACUGCACAUAGUGUUGAUUGUAAUGGUGUUCCUUUCUGUCUAAAUUUUACUUCAAUUGCUUAAGAGUACCUGUAUCUCUGUAUCUUGUACAUUACUUUUAUAAUUGAUCGAACUAUAAUUAAAGUGAAACCAAGAUUA